GAUCACAACAUCACGGAUCAAUUAGAGCGUGCGUGUGGUGGUCAGCAUUCUUCCUAGAUCUUCGUUCCUGUGUGUGUCAACACAAAGCAACAAAAAAACACAAGAUGUCAUUAUGCGAAGCAGGGCCACAGUUCGUCUAUUUUACAGCAUCUUGUCGCUCGCAGCAGCAGGCGCUUCAUCUGGAGAAAAUCAUGACCCUGUUGAAGACGCGAAGCAAGCUUGUCCACCCGGAAUCAGCGGAUUGGUUCCAGAGCAGGAGAUUGCGCGGUUGUUCGGGCGAGAGGAACUUGCAAACGCGUGGGCGGCUGCAACGUUCGGUGAGAACGGCGAUGUUUCUUUUGUGGCGGACAACGAGAGGAACGCACUACCACCGUCCACGGCAGAAGACGAAAAACCUGCUUUUGGCGAUAGCGGGCUGCGUGCAGCUCUCAGCGUCGACGAGGACGAGAAGGAGACGAAGGCCGCACCUGAAUUGGUUUGUGACAGCAUCUUCGAGCAACACACCGUCACUGGAGCAGCAGGGGGCAACAUAUACAACCUAGAACAAGCUGCACCACUGAGCUAUGCGGGCCGCCUUCUACGCGAAAUCGCCCACUACUAUGAGUGCGGAGACGCGUUUUCCCCCAACCUCCACCAGGUUCUUGACGAGGUUGCUUUGCUCGGAGAUGCGAUGGCUGAGUUGCAGCAGAAAAAUUUGAUGGAGACUGCUGCACCCAGUGCUGGCGGCAACGACCCAGCACAGCGCGCAGUUGUUCUGUCAUCUUUGGAUGACGAUGAGGACCCGGAAGAGCGCGAAGAUCCGAAAGACGGAGUGGUCGGGACGAGCCGCGGCCUCAGUUCUGUUGUUGCGCAUCAAGAUCAUUCUUCGACGAGCAGCACAAUCAUCACCGACGACCUCCGGACCCGGAGGCACAAAAUCAUUCGCCGGUGUGUUUCCACCAGCGAAAAAGAACCACGAAUUGAGUCAGGAAACGAAAGGCACCUUGAUGCGGUUCUCCGCUAUCUCCGCCGUCUGUCAUUCGCGACCCUUCUUGGCCUAGCUGUGGAGCGAGCCCUUCUGCGUUUCGAAAACGAGCGAGCCCAGCGGUUGGCUGGGGCGCGCACCUUGUUUGUCGAAGAGGAUACUUCUGUCACCGGGGAACUCAAUUACGAGGACGUUCGGGCUUCAAGUGGUGUUGGGCGAGAAAAUGUCGCGUCGAUUGUGCAGCACCGCAUUGCGGACCGGAUUUCUGCAACUUUGUCUCGUGCGCACGAAGUAGAAUCCAAUCGGAACGACGACCAGAGCAAGCCACUCUCAACACAACAGAAGCUGCACGAAGAGCUCCUUAAAAACUUGAAUCUUCUCCACUCUAUAGCGCAUAUCCAACAGACGCGCUCCGGGUCGCAGAAAAUUCUUUUCAUCGACGCCGAGGGAUUCAAGCGCACCUCUUUCCGGAGCUCUAUGGAGAACAUUUCAACCAGAACCUUCGACCGGCUAGCGCAAGGUCUGGUCGUUCCAAAAUUCCUAAUCGACGGUUUUGUCGACGCACUGCGGGAACGCACGCUGCACAACGACCCGACGAAAACGGAGGAGGAGGUGGAGAAACACUUGAAAUUCCUACCGGCGAGGGAAAUAAGCCAGUACUUGCAAUCGUCUCUGAUUCAGAGGCCGGAUUUUGACGAACACAGGCGGGCCGCGAAUCGGCACGGGCUGAUCGAGCACUUCGCCAAGCUAUUUACGCAGCGCCUCGACCUCCGAAACGCAACCCUGGCCUUUGCUUUUCAGGAUCUAAGCACCUGGAAAUUUGGCGCGCCACUGCACCCGGCGCCAAAUAUGCGCGAAAAUUUCGCCGCCCGCAGACACGCGUACGACUUCCUGACUGGGUUUGGAAACGGGCUGGCGAAGCAGCUCGUGUUCGAAGGGGAACAAGAGAAUGGUGAACAGGAUACAAUUACAAAUAGAAUAAAAAUUUCUACCGUGAAGGUGAACAAGAAGACCACCAAUCCAGAUUCUACAACCCGCAAUGUCGUUGAGACGUUGGUGCUUGGCUUUCAAGCCAUUCGUGCGUUUGGAAUCUAUCCCGAGAUCGUGUUGCGGGGUUACCAGGCUAUUACUGGAUCGCUGAUCGCAGCACGAAGAACUGAUUUGCGUGAGCGAACGGAUUCGACCAAGGUUAGGAAGCGCCCCUGGGCGGACUACGUCAGCGCGCUCUUGGGGCAUUUGGUUGGACUCUUGAAGCAGCAGAAGGGCCUGUCCCCCGUAUACUACGAGCAGGGCAAGGCGGUUCUGGUUGAUCGACAGCUUUGUCUCAAUCACGAAGCGAGACACCUCAGUAAGCUAAUUCAAGCGGAAUGUGAACUGCGGCGACUCGGUGCUGCGCAUCGAAGACAGCCGAGUGACAACAACAUGAGCGCGGAUGGAGCCAGUGCAAGCAGAAGCAUUUCGUCGGCGAAGGACGAGGGUACGGACUCCGAGCUUCUACCUUUGUUCUCGGACCUAUCACAGCGAGCCACUCAGUGGAACGACUUAUUUGACCUCUGGAGCCUGGAGCCAACGUCCCUCGUCACGAACCUUCAGCAGCACAGCAGGCAACACUUCACACACUACGCACGCGUGCAAUAUCUAAUCGCUGCCGAAACGCCGGCGUUGAGUUUUCCGAUGUUGUUGGUGAAUAGUGUAGCCUCGUCCGUCUCGUCAAAUGUUGCUAAGGAGGAACCUCCUGGUGCUGCUUCUGCAACACCAGGACCGUCCUUCCAGAUUUCCGUCGCGUAUAAUCCAACGCCGCAAACAGAACUGCAGGAUAUGAAAAGCAAUGAUGAAGUUGAAGCCACAGAUGACCACGUGGCAGCUGCACCCCAUUGGCGUGGCACGAGCCAGGUGGUCCAAGAAGCGCAAAACGCCGACUUGGCCGAGGAUUUUAAGGAUUUUGUGUUGGUGAAAAUUCUAGAAAUUUUACGUCGCAGCGCAGGAGAAGACGAAUGUUACGAAAGAGCAGCUAGUAGUAGAAACACCAACACGUCCAAAACAAAUACAAAUCCGUGCUUCUACGUGGAAAUUGGCGUUGGUGCGAGCGCCAUCGAGCACAACACGAGGUUUCUUCGCACUUUUCAGGGUUGGCACGGGGUCUUACUCGACAGUCACUACGGCUUACCGCGGGUCAAUUUGCACCAGGAGAUCGUGACAGAGGAGAACGUGUUGGAGAUUUUGGCGAAACACGAUGUGCCGGAGAACUUCGAACUGCUUUCCUUGGACAUCGACGGCCAGGAUUACCACGUCGUCAGGAAAAUCCUGCUUUCGCAGCUUGGUAAAAACACCAACAAGCGCAGCUUUCGCCCGCGGGUUAUCGUGGUUGAGCAUGUGCACGGAUAUGCGUGGCCCAACGUCGUGGUUCCGCUUGACCACUGGCUGGUGCCGAAGUCGAGGAGGAGUUUUGGAUCCGAUUCCGAGCAAAAAAGAGUAGAUGAAAACAAGGACGAGGACGGCAUCACCAGAAAUAAAGAUGAACACGCUGCUUCUCAGCAAGACAACAACGAGAACCACAACGACGAAGACAAAAGUGAUCACUCUCACUUGAUGUUCGCGUCUUCGGCUCGGGCGCUCCUUGAACUCCUGCAGGCUUUCGACUACGAUCUCGUGUAUUACGGUGACUUUGACCUGGUAUUCGUUGCAAAGGCAGACUUGAAUCACGUUGAGAAACACGUUAGACACGAGUUGGCGUCGACGUUACCGUUUUUACCUGCUGGUUCUGGUACUAGUGCAGCUUUAUUGGCGAACCUGGAUCGUGCCGCUCUUACUUUCCGGAGCGUGAACGACCUCCACACGCUUUGCCUGCGGUACAAAACCUCUCUGCGCGUUGUGCUGCGAGACAUCCGCAUCAUUGACAACGAGUCCUAUUGUCUGCUGAGUGGUGAAGCUGAUGGCGAUCCUCGUCCCGAGGAUGCCGAUGGUGCAGUACGAGGCAGCAAGAUCGUUGGGUACUCCCGGAAAACCUUAGAGACGCGGUUUCACACGGCGUCAGCAGCUCAAUCCUCGCUUUUCACCCGAGAACAACUGCGGAGCGCAGACUUUCUCUUAUGAUUGAACAGAUUGGCUCAGCCUCAGGGUCAGGAGUGUUGACUUUGACAGCAGCAGCGAUGAAAGAAAAGCAUUCGGAUCUUCCGGCUCAAUAU